ACAGCUCAUUAAAGGGGAUGUUGAAGCCGCCAGUGUGCAGAAGGAGGACCCUUUGAGAUCUGGUUAGUUUCCUUCUUGCAUUCUAAUUCACGCAUUUUUAUAAAGGCUUUCUCGCAGGACAGCCGUUUGUAGCCCCGGUGCAUGCUGGUGCCUUCCCCGCUCUUCUGUCGGGAUCCGCCGCUAACGUGAAGCUGUCAUUGAUGUGGUUCUAGUGGUGCGGACCCAGAGCUUCUUCAGACAUGUCUGUGAGGGAGUCUUUUAACCCUGAAAGCUAUGAGCUGGACAAGAACUUCAGGCUCACACGGUUUGCUGAGCUCAAAGGCACAGGCUGCAAGGUCCCCCAAGAUGUGUUACAGAAGCUGCUAGAAACCCUGCAAGAGAACCACUAUCAAGAGGAUGAACAGUUCCUGGGGGCGGUUAUGCCUCGAUUAGGCAUUGGCAUGGACACGUGUGUGAUCCCCCUCCGGCAUGGUGGCCUUUCUCUUGUCCAGACAACAGACUACAUCUAUCCCAUUGUGGAUGACCCUUACAUGAUGGGAAGAAUUGCUUGUGCCAAUGUUCUAAGUGACCUGUACGCCAUGGGAGUUACUGAGUGUGACAACAUGUUGAUGCUUCUGGGAGUCAGCAACAAAAUGUCAGAGAAAGAGAGAGACAAAGUCAUGCCACUGAUCAUCCAGGGAUUCAAAGAUGCAUCAGAGGAGGCAGGGACGUCUGUAACAGGAGGUCAGACGGUGCUCAACCCCUGGGUAGUGAUGGGAGGAGUUGCAACAACAGUUUGCCAGCCCAAUGAGUUUAUCAUGCCAGACAAUGCAGUGCCAGGAGAUGUGUUGGUGUUGACCAAACCACUUGGAACACAAGUGGCAGUUGCAGUGCAUCAGUGGCUAGAUAUUCCUGAAAAAUGGAACAAGAUCAAGCUGGUGGUGACGCAGGAGGACGUAGAGCUGGCCUACCAUGAAGCCAUGAUGAAUAUGGCUCGGCUCAACAGGACAGCUGCGGGUCUCAUGCACACGUUCAAUGCUCACGCAGCGACCGAUAUCACAGGGUUUGGCAUCCUCGGCCACGCUCAGACGUUGGCACGACAACAGCGAAGUGAGGUGUCUUUUGUCAUCCACAACCUCCCAGUGCUCGCCAAGAUGGCCGCCGUGUCUAAAGCCUGUGGGAACAUGUUCGGGCUCAUGCAUGGCACCUGUCCUGAAACAUCAGGAGGCCUGCUUAUUUGUUUACCUCGAGAACAAGCUGCCCGCUUCUGUGCCGAGAUCAAAUCCCCAAAAUACGGAGAAGGUCAUCAAGCAUGGAUCAUCGGGAUUGUAGAGAAAGGAAACCGCACUGCUCGCAUCAUUGACAAACCACGAAUCAUAGAGGUGGCACCACAGGCGGCCACACAGAAUGUCAAUCCAACACCUGGUGCAACUUCUUAAACCUCCUCUGUUGCAUCACAGACCGGACCCCAAAAGCUCUGAGUGAUUUUAGACACAUAAACUACAGAACCAUCCUAGAGUGUUGAAAUAUAUACACAAAUAGUAUGUACACAGAAAAGACUGGGUUGGCGUGCCAUCAACAUGAAAACAGCUCCACACAGUGGCCCCGUGGGGGCACAUCACUACCCAGUGGACUCCACCUGCAGUAUCCCCGCGAUAAAAAUUGGUAAGAAAUAGAGCAUUCUUAAAAUCCACUUGCUUUUGUUGUCUAUUGUACUCUGUUAUGUUCAGUGUGCUUGACAGCUUCUGAUAGGAGAUAAUCUGAUACUGCUGAUUCAUUUUGAAUCAUUAGGAAGUCUGGAGUCGGUUGCCUCUUUGGCUCUCUUAAAACUGCUCUCAUCAAACCAUGGUGGCGUUUUUGUUUAUUGUUCAUUUACUUUGUUGUACAGUUAUACAGCUGAGUUUUAGUUCAUUGUUGUAACUGAUGCCUUGAAAGAAAAUAAGUGCGACCAGAAUGGCUUGUUUUUUAUUACUUUGACUUUUUGUAUUGUCCCUGCAUAAACUAAUAAACCAUCAUCUAUUUGAAA